GAGGACAACUGGAGAGAGAUUGCAGGGAAGAAGAUGAAAUUCCCACCCACUCUGAUUGGAGCCAUCUACGAUGGGAACUUGGCCAAACUUUAUAAGUUGCUGCAGACGAGUGACGGUCUCCUGAGGCAGCUCGAUGACGCAGAGGACCGAUCUUGGAGAGAGGCUCUCAACCUGGCCAUCCGCAUGGGCAAUGAGGAAAUUAUCGUCAACCUCCUGCGGCUGGUCAAGUUCGACUUCCGGCAGAUCCACGAGGCACUGCUGGUGGCUGUGGACAUGAACCUCAUCAAUGUGGUCAAGCUCCUGCUGGAGAGGCUGGACCAGCAGAAAGGAGUCAGUCACAACAAGGUAGACAUCAUGUCCUUCUCCCUGGCCAUGUUCGACCACUCCAUUGACAGCUCCCGAUUCGCGCCAGGGGUCACCCCGUUGACCCUGGCUUGCCAGAAGAAUCUGUUUGAUAUCGUGGACCUGCUGAUGAAGAAGGGCCAUGUCAUUCCGAACCCCCACAAGAUCUCCUGUUCCUGCCCAGAGUGCCUCAACGCCCGGCAGUAUGACAUGCUCAAGUUCUCGCUGUCUCGCAUUAACACCUACAAAGGACUGGCCAGCAGGCCCUACCUCUCCAUCGCCAAUGACGACGCCAUGUUGAGUGCCUUCAAGCUGAGCCGGGAGCUCAAACAGCUGUCCAAGAAAGAGCCCGAGUUUAAGCCGGAAUAUCUAAGCCUGGAGGAAGUCUGUCAGGACAUGGCUGUGGAGCUGCUCGGAAUGUGCCGGAACCAGAGUGAAGUGAACGCUGUGCUGAAUGACUGUGGUGAUGAAAGUGCGGAAGAUGCAGAUAACCAAGCCUUUGAAGAAGGGAUUCCCAACCUGGGCAGACUGCGCCUUGCUGUCAACUACAAUCAGAAGAGAGUGAACAGGCAUGAAUGGAGACAGGAGGACCCCCAGAUGGUGGCAGAGGUGCUGUUUGCAAUCACCAGUAUGCUGAGCUUAGCCAGACUGACAUCCAUCCUACCAGCUCACGAAACCCUCGGAACACUCCAGAUUUCCAUCGGGAGGAUGAUUGAUGACAUGAUGAGGUUUAUGUUUUUACUGAUGAUCAUCUUGACUGCCUUCCUCUGUGGAAUCAACAACAUUUAUGUCCAUUACAUCGAUCUGGAUCGACUUGGAAAUUUUAAUGGAACGCUCCAAUUCCUCUUCUGGACCAUGUUUGGGAUGGAGGAACCAACUUCAGUUGAUCUCACAGAGUUUGUGGUGGCGGAGUUUGUAGGACGGGUUCUGUAUGGGUUUUUCACCAUCAUCAUGGUCAUAGUGCUGCUCAACAUGUUAGUCGCUAUGAUCACAAACUCCUUUCAGAAGAUUGAG